AUGCAUCUCCACUUCAAGUUUCAUUCGAGUCUGCCCCAGUCUGCUGUCCUAGUAGCCAGUCUGAAUAUGAUCAAAAAACUUCAAAAGAUCCAGCUGUUUCUGGAGCACACAUUGAAGUCACUAGCGAGCCAGAUUACAAAUAUUGAUUCAAAUAUCUUGACUGAAACAAGAUCUGAUUCAAGUACUGCAGGAUCUGUCAGUGACACUACAGAUUCACUACCAAAAAAUGAGAUUGAGCACUCCUUGACAGACAGCUUGGAUUUUACACAAUCUACCAAUUCCGAUGUAACAUCAAUAGCAUCAUUUGAAGUUGAAAGCAAUGCAAUCGCAGACUUGAAUUCAAACCAAAUUACCAAAACUACCUCAUCUGAUGAUAUGCGUCCAACUCAGCCGUCGCUGCCAUCAGCACAUCUACCCCCUCAAGUAAAGAAUGAAAAGGAGCGAUUCAAUUACGCAUCAUUUGACUGUGGUGCACUUGUUCGCGCAGUUAAUCCCGAGGCAUCAUCAGCAACGGCUAUUCUAUCUAAUAGCAAAGAUCAGUAUAUGCUUAACAAGUGUUCAACAAACAAGUUUGUCGAAGUCGAGCUAUGCGAAGACAUUCUGGUAGAUACAAUUAUGUUGGCAAAUUUGGAAUUCUUCUCCUCUAUAUUCAAAGACUUCAAAGUUUAUGUUGCCGAUCGAUAUCCACCGAUUACUGGCUGGAAAAUCAUUGGUACAUUUACGGGAGAAAACUCGCGCGAACGGCAGAUUUUUAAAAUAGACCAUCCUGCUUUUUGGGCAAGGUAUUUGAGAAUCGAAUUCUUGACUCAUUUUGGACAAGAGUUUUACUGUCCACUAACAAUGCUCAAAGUAUACGGGACAAGAAUGAUUGAGGAUGUCAAGGCUGAUGAGUAUGAUGAUGACUUGAGUGGUACUGAAACUAUUUUGCCGAUUGUUCCAAAGCAGGAUAGUGGAGACGCUUCGUUGAGCAAAGACUCGGUACCUUUGUCACAGGAUUUGGAUAUCAAGGACACUACAUCUUGCACUUUAAAAACAUCUACAAAACUUUAUUCCGACACCAGUAUGCCAGAGACUGUUUUAAACGACAGUCCAACUGUAACAUCGCUGCAGUCUGAGAUGACUCGAUCGAAUACAAAAACUGAACUUGACCAAUCGGCAAAAACACGACACGACAAGACUUUAAGCGAAAAAGAUGAAUUUGCUUCCAUAGUAUUGACAACUAGCACUUCUGGUGUACUUGAUGAGAAUGACACGACCUCAACCCUCUCGUCCAAUUCAGAAUUGACUGAUUUAAGUCACACAUCUAUACCUGGGAUAACACCAAGCGUUCAGCCUUCCUUCACUGGAAAAAAAGAAAGCAUAUUUAAAAACAUCAUAAAGAGACUGUCAGCUGUUGAAAAAAGCAUUGCGUCCCAGCUCAUUAGCACAGAAAAACACUACCAAGACUUGAAUGAUCGGCUUGAAAAUUUCGAGGUUUUGCAAGCUAGUAUUGUGGGCAAGCGUUUUGACUCUUACAAAGCUGGAUACGAUUUAGACUUUCAAACCAUGCUUGAGCUAUUUGCCAAGAGAAUGUCCGAACACGACAACGUACUCAAAGACAAGGUGCGACAGCUAGACGAAAAACUUUAUAUUGUCAACUCGCUGAUUGAAUCUCUAGAAUUUCAGUCUAGCAAGCUGACCCAUGAGUUUUCUGAAUGUAUACCACGAUCAAUAUAA